UUUGGAUAUUAGUUCAGAAUAUUGCAGUCUUACAGCCUUAUUGUAGAGCGUUCUUUGUCCAUGGACUCCAUUAUCGAACUCCAGCGACAAACUCACGAAGAGGUUGAGCGUCUUGAGAAAGCUCUGGCCAUUAUUUUAUCCCAGCCCACUAGCCAACAUGAUGUACGAUUAGCAAACGAGCAUCGCGCCAAACAUGUCUUAGAGCGCGUCGCUGAACGCAUGUCUACCCUCUCUAGUUCAUAUGCAGAUGUAGAUAGCGCGCGUCGGAGAGAACAGGAACUCGUCUCAAAGCCGUCUGACCCCGCCGAGGAGCUUUCUGAGUUCUAUAUCCGGUUGAACAGGAUCAAAGAAUUCCAUAGCAAGUAUCCUGACACCCCAGCAGACCCCUUCGUUAUAGAAGUGGAAGCUAUUUUCAGAGCUGAUGAAAUGGACGAGGAUGAGGAAGAUCCAAUUGGGCUCCUGUUUUCGGGGGAGGAGUCUUAUGGAAGGUACCUUGAUCUCUACACCAACCACACCCAGUAUGUGAACAUAAAACAUAUUGGCAAGCGGGUCUCCUACAUUCAGUAUUUGGAUCUUCUUGCCGCGUCCAAAGGCGGUUCGCUGCACAAUGACUUGCCAGCAAAUAUUCGGGGCCAAAAAGAUUACGAGCUGUACCUCUUUUCCCUCCAUUCAUAUCUCCUUUCGUUCACCAAACGAACAAAACCGUUAUUGGAUGUUGAUCGCGAGCAGGCCGAUGCUGAGGAGGAAUUUGAGAAGUUAUGGCAACAAGGGCAGAUAACAGGUUGGGGAGAUGAUACAUCCGGACCUGAAGGUCAAGGAGAAGGCGUAAGGUGCUCCGCGUGUCAAAAGAUGUACUCAAAGCAGACGGUUUACGAUGCACAUCUGAAGUCGAAAAAGCAUAUCAAGGCUGUUGAGCGGGCGGAAUCUAAUGCAUCGCGGGAUAAAGCAACAAACGGCAAAAAUCCGGACACACCCGACCGGUCAUCAUCGAGGUUCUACCCCGCCGCCCGGCUUACCGCAUUAAUUCAGCCUCUGCUUGAAGGCCUCGCAAAUGUAAUUGUGGACACAAAAGCGAACGUGGAGCGCCGAUUCUCCCUGACUGCACGAGAAAGGGAGUUAGAGCAGGAGGCACCGACCAAGAAGCCUGUUCCCGUCACAAACACCACCACGGAUAAUGCCAACGAGGAGGAAGAAGAGGAAGAGAAAAUCUAUAACCCUUUGAAACUUCCGCUAGGAUGGGAUGGGAAGCCGAUCCCUUACUGGUUGUAUAAGCUGCAUGGGCUAGGCGUGGAGUACCGGUGCGAGAUAUGUUCGGAUGCAGUGUAUAUGGGGAGAAAGAACUUUGAGCGGCACUUUCAGGAGUCGCGGCACGCAUUUGGCAUGCGUGCCCUCGGGCUUCCGAACACAAAACACUUCCACGAAAUCACGAGGAUUGAAGAUGCACUGGCUCUCGCCGAAAAAUUAAAGCAAGAAGGACGCCAAGAAAUCUUUCAGCAAGAAACAAUGGAGGAACUUGAGGACGACGAUGGAAAUGUUUACAACCGGAAAACGUACGAAGACCUCAAAAAGCAGGGAAUUAUUUGAGGAUAACGCUAGCUUUGUAC